CGGCUACAAAACAAACCACGAUCCUCAAUUCCAACUGAUCUUUUGUUCCUAGCAAGUAACAACAAGAAACCAUAUCUACUUCGCAAUCAUGCUUCGCACAUCUUUCCGCCAGGCAGCCGCCUUCCGACCCAUUCGAUGCUUCUCUACCACUCCCCGCGUCAUGACUGAGGGUGCUACUGGAGCUCCCCGCCCUACUGGAGGCUCUGGUGAUGCUUUCCAGCGACGUGAGAAGGCCAGCGAGGAUUACGCUAUCCGCCAGCGUGAGAAGGAGAAGCUCAUUGAGCUCAAGAAGAAGCUCCAGGAGCAGCAGCAGCACCUUGACCGUCUCUCCAAGCACAUUGAUGAGAUCACAAAGGAGCAGGGCGGCGAGCAGCACUAAGCAACUCAUAUCACGGAUCACCGGAUAAAUCAGGCAAAGCGAGUGGGGGGAAACCAUCAGAAUUCAGCGAGACCCAAACCGGCUCGCCAAGAUCGCAAUGACAUGUUACAGUAAUGAGUUGACGAAACUCAACAUGAAAUCGCAAUUCAUUCAGAGCUUGACUGUUCCAUAGUCGAAACUAGUGUACAAGAAUAUCUACACGUUUACACUCUCCAAUGUUUCAAGUUCCAGGUGUUUUUUCUACAUCCUGAUUACUGACCAUGUCGCUAUGGCUACGCAUGCUUUGUAUCAUAUUCCAUCUUCGAUAAUGAAUUACCUGGAUUCCUUGCCUAAAACUCCAAUCCAACAAUUACAGUC